AUGUGUAUUAACACCAUUCUCACUCCACUAAAGAAUGAAGAAUACUGUUUAGAUGGUACCUCUAUUACCCUGUCUUACAAGUACUCCAGAACAGCUACUGGUUCUGAUUAUUUCUAUUGGUAUCGUCAAGACACAGCACAAAGGCCAGAGUUCCUCCUGUACAUCUUAGGUUCAGGUUAUACACCAGAUUCUAUGAACAACAGAAUAUCUGUUAACCUGAAUGAAGAUAAAAACCGUAUGGAUCUGACAAUCUUCUCUGCUGAAUCAGUCAGUUUUACUGCUAAUCUCCCUGCAAUGUUUUUCAUCUGUUCAAUAAUUGUCUUCUCAGGAAUAGGAGGAAGUUAUGAGCAGACAAUUGAGCCAAACCAACUUCAAGUGUACGCAUAUGUAGGUAGUAAGGUUCAAUAUUCCUGCAAAUACUCCUCAGAAGACAGAUUACUGUGGUAUAAACAGUCUCCAGGAUCAGCUCCUCAAUAUCUUCUGGUCAUCCAGCUCUUUACUGGGGAUGUGGCGGAAGAUGGUUUUCUUGACCCUCGCUUCUCUGCUAAACUGAACAAAGAGAAGACCCGUGUGGAUCUGGAGAUCUCCUCUGCUGAAGUGACAGACUCUGCUCUGUACUAUUGUGCUCUGCAGCCCACAGUGACAGGAAACACAGAAAUGCUGUACAAAAACAUAUACACCUGA